GGGAGUGAAAACGAAAGUGAAAGCACGGCGAGCUGUUUGUUUCAAAACAGCAGACGAUAGCUCUGCCUGUGAUCUUUCUACCCUUUUCUUAAAACAGAGAAGAGAAAAAUACUGUAUUUGACAUCUAUCUGUUCCUAAGGGCAGAGCACCGGUCCUCCCUCUCCAUGGCAGACCCUCUGUGCCUGGAAGCCCUGUCGGCUCUCUCCGGCUGCACGGUCGAGCGCGGAGCCUCGACGCUCACUACUCCUCAGGACUUCGUCAACAUCGUGGCCCUCAAGGAGUAUUACAAGCAGGAGGGCUUUAAAACCCUGGAGUACCCCAGUAUAGGGUCUCUGUCCCUGGAUGACUUGGACGGGCAGGACCUGUACAGCGCCCCCCCCGCGCUGACAGAAGGGCCUGAGGAGAGCCACAGGACUAAACUGAAGAUCAACCCCGAAGACUUCUUCCACCCGCAGUACAACUACGACUUCACCAACAUAAAGGACGGCGACAAAGCGUUCCUGCGUGGUGGGGAGCCGUACAUCCGGCCCUGCGGGUGGAAGCGGUUUGCCCUGCGGGUGAUGAAGAAGUACGAUGACGACCUCUGGCUCGGGACGGGGAAAGAUGCCUGGCCGGUCUCCUACCAUGCAAAGAACAUGGACGGCUCCCUCGGCGUCAUCCUGACCCACGGCGGGAACCCUGAAGACAAACCACAGUUCCUGGAUGCUGCCGCAGCCAGUCUGGUCACCGGGGAGACCAGGGGUCAAGGGGUGUACUCCACGCCAGAUAUCAAGAUGGCAGAGAAGUACUGCCGGAGCUUCAAGUCCAAAGUGGACGAGAAGACGUACAAAGUGGUUCUUCAGAACCGUAUCAACCCGGAGAAGAGGCGGAAGUGCCAGAGGGAGAACACCUGGCUGGUCUACGUCCCCAAAGACUGCAGCGAUGUGGAGAAGAGGGCAAUCGUGCAAGAGUCCAUCCGCCCGUACGGGCUCCUGCUCAAGCAGGUGUGACUAAGCUUAUAAUCCACUUCUUUAUAAUUACCAGGGAAACAAAGCUUACCUUGAGUGUUCUUAGAAAACAACCUCCCUCUGAAAUCAGGUAAAUGUACCUGCAUGUUUGUUGUCUGCAGGAAGAGGCAACAAGCCAGUACAACCUUUAUUCUUACUUUUUCUUUUUCCUUUUCUCAAAUGGCGACCUUACUUCACUGAGGGACUUCCUGUUGACCUAUGAUAUAUUAAGCUGCCUUAUCAUGGUAACGUUGUGUAACGAAACAGAAAUUGUAUCUAGUAGAAAAUAAAAUGUUAAUGAACA